CGGCCCUUCCCCGCCGCGGGCCGGGCCGGGCCCGGAGCACCGGGCGGGCGGGGCAGGGGCUCGGCGGCUCCGCGGCGGGGGAUGCGGGUGCCGGGCGCAGGAUGCUGUGGGGGGUGGGCCUGGCGGCGCCGCGCUCCUGCGUGGCGGACCUGAGCCGCAACCGCAGCCUGUCGCUGGGCUGGUGCGCGGGGCCCGAGGAGCCGCCGCCCGCCUUCUAUGGGGGCGAGAUCGUCGCCUUCCCGCUGUCGGGCGGCGGCGGCACCAUGGCGGCGCUGGGCUCCGACUCCUGGUGGAAGAAGACGCUGUACCUGACGGGCGGAGCCCUGCUGGCCGCCGCCGCGUACCUGCUGCACGAGCUGCUGGCCAUACGGAAAGAGGAAGAGCUCGAUUCGAAAGAUGCUAUCAUACUGCAUCAGUUUUCAAGGCCUAGGAAUGGCGUUCCGAGUUUAUCCCCGUUCUGCCUGAAAAUGGAAACAUACUUGAGGAUGGCUGAUUUACCCUACCAGAACUAUUUUGAUGGAAAACUUUCCCCUCAAGGGAAAAUGCCUUGGAUUGAAUACAAUCACAAGAAAGUAUCUGGCACCGAGUUCAUCAUUGACUUCUUGGAAGAGAAACUUGGAGUGAAUUUAAAUAAACACCUUGGUCCACAUGAAAGAGCUGUUUCCAGAGCUGUGACCAAAAUGGUGGAGGAGCACCUGUACUGGACUUUAGCUUAUUGCCAAUGGGUGGAGAACCUUCAUGAGACACAAAAGAUGGUGUCUCUUUUUGGCCCCUUCAGCGACUUGCUGAAGUGGAUCUUUUGCCAUCUGACCAAAGGGAUCGUGAAGCGGGAGAUGUACGGCCAUGGCAUUGGGCGCUUCUCGGAGGAGGAGAUGUACACGCUGAUGGAGAAGGACAUGCGGACCCUGGCAGGCCUCCUGGGUGACAAGAAGUACAUUAUGGGAUCAACUGUUUCCACUGUUGAUGCCACUGUCUUUGGACAUCUGGCACAGGCAAUGUGGACAUUACCAGGGACUCGGCCAGAGAGACUAAUCAAAGGUGAACUGAUUAACCUUGCUAUGUACUGUGAAAGAAUAAGGAGGAAAUUUUGGCCAGAAUGGCACCAUGAUGAUGACAACACUCUGUAUGAAUCUGAGGAAAGCAGUGAGGCAAGCAAGACUUACUCCCCUUUGCAGGACUUCAGUUUUUAUUCAAGGACAGAAACAUUUGAUGAGGAAGGGAACAGUAUUUCCCAAACCCCUGACACAGAUUACACUGGACACUCCCUCUUUGACUCGGAUGUGGACAUGGAUGAGUACAGAGAUCAUGAACAAUGCAAGUGAUAUGUACAAGUGUCUCCCAUUGUGCAGAUAAGCUGUUUCUUGGGAUCACUCUGAUUUGUUUUCUCCUUCAGGUCAGGAAGAGGUUUAUACCUCUUUGGAAGAGACCAUUGUGCUUGAUUCAGCUGUCACAUACUGCUUGGACUAUUUCAGCCGUAUUUCGUUUUGUGUAAUUGUUCAGGUGGACCAAGGUAAACACAUUUAAAACACACGUGAGCAAACUGCAGGUCUAGAGGGCAGCAGGACCUUUAAGUCUGUUUUUGUUCUUGUUCAAAAUCAGAUUCCCCGUCCAAGUGGGACAAACUUCUGGGAAAGAAGUCACAUCUGGUUUGUGUUGUUAUCUUAUCUUUACAGCAACAGGUUGGACAAAAAUGGAAGACAUAUGACUGGCACAGCUUUCUUCCAUGGAAGAAAAUGAUUGAUGCUGUAAUGAAAAGGCCCUGGCAGUGUUGGUUGACUGCCAUCUCAGUUUAAGCCAGUGUUGUGCUGAGGUGCAUCAGAUUCAUGCAGCACCCUGGCCUGUAUCAGCAAUAGUGUGGCCAGCAGGACCAGGGCAGUGAUGGUCCCCCUGUCUCAGCACUGGUGAGGCUGCACCCUGAACCCUGUAUUCUGUUCUGGGCCCUUCACUGCAAGAAAUUCAGGUGCUGGAGCAUGUCCAGAGAAGGACAAUGAAGCUGGUGAAAGGAACUGGAACACAAGUCUUGUGAGGAGCAGCUGAGGGAGCUGGGGGUGCUUAGCCUGGAGAAAAGGACUCUCAGGAGAGACCAUCUCGCUCUCUCCAACUGCCUGAAAGGAGGCUGUAGCAAGGUGGGGGUUGGUCUCUUCUCCCAGGUAUCAAGCUCUAGGAUAAGAGAAAUAGCCUCAAGGUGCACCAGAAGAGGUUUGGAUUGGAUAUUGGGAAAAAACUUCAUUGAAAGAGUUGGUUGUCAAGCAUUGGAACAGGCUGUCCAGUCAUUACCCCUGGAGGUGUUUAAAAGCCACAUAGCUGUGGCACUUUGGGGACAUUGUUUGGUGGUGGUCUUGGUAGUGCUGGUUAACAAUUGGACUUGAUUAUCUCAAAGGUCUUUUCCAACCUAAAAGAUUCUCUGAUUUGGUAAAGUUUCAGGGGAAUUUUAUUUGAUAGCUACCCAUACUUUGGGUGCAUGUAUUACAGGGUCUGCAGAAAAGAACUGCUCCCAGUUCUUUUGGAAACAGUCAGGGAAGGAUGGAGGAAAACAUAUUCCUGCAAAAAGGAGCUGGUUAGUGAUUCUUGUUCUUUGCAGAAGAUUGAAAUCACUGCUCUAGAGUACUUUUAUGCAGGAGGGAGAUGUCAGUGUUAACUCAUCUGGAAUGUGUGUUGGUCAAAUUUCUUCUGUGUUUUUGAAUUAGUAUUAUGUUUUUACUCCCUGCCCAUGGCUGCUGUCUGCUAUUUCUAGGCAAGGCUUAUGGGACUUGUUGCUAAAAGUCUGGUGUGUCUCAGAAGUGGGUGCUUUGUGUUCUUUACCAACAGACGUGGCAAACCCAUGAAGGCUGCAAAGCAGUUUGAGGUAUUAGUAGGCAAGGGACACUGUGUAGUUGCAAGACAUUGGCCCAGGCAAUUGAAUGCUUUACAGCUGCCUAGGGAGGUGCCUCAGGGGGUGCUGGGCACUGUGCUGGCUCUCAGUGCACAGUCCCUAAAGCUCAUGCACAGGAGGAGGUGAAAUGAGACAGUUCCCUCAGCACUGCCAUGUAUGUGGGGAAAUUCAGAUACUGAAAGCAUGACCAGAAUUGAAUUUAAGUUGCCUUUGCUGGCAUAUCUUUGCAUCUGGAUCUCAAAAUUAUUGCACAGGUUCUGAUGUGCUUUGUGUUCAUAUCUUCCUAAAUGCAGGUUAGAGAUGAGAAUGAAUCCAUUGGAUUUACUCACAGCUUUGAAGUUAAGCAUGUACUUCAGUGUUGCUUGGCCAUGAUUAGUGGAUUUUCGUAGAAAGAGAGCAUAUUGAUCAUAUUGGGCUGUUGUGUUUUUAAGUAUAUAAAAUUGGGUAUUUGACUGCAGACUUUGUUGGUGGCCCAUUUUAAUUAUGACUUUCUCUGUGAUUUACAGUUAGAUGAAUCAGGAUCCCUCAGCAAAAUUUUUAUAUUAUGUUGGUUGUACCAAACGUUCUAAGAGCAGACAGGGCAGACAACUGCUUUAGGAUGUUAAUUGUUGGUAGUUGCAGUGAGUCUGGAGCUUGAAGUAACUCCAGCACUCAAAGAAUAGCUUGCUCCCUGGGAUCUUGGAGUGCCUCCUGCAGAGGAAAGCACCUGCUCUGGGGAAACAUGGAGUUAGCCAUGGCUUUGAAAGAAGGGACACCUUUGUCUGCACUGAAGCCCCAGGUCUGUUCAUGCAUGGGAGCCACUGCAGUGAGAGCUGACAAGUUCAGUAUGAAUUUACACCUGUUUCCACAAUUCCCUGGGCGUGUCCUUGGAGCCAUGUUGAUACCUUGAGGAGCUGGAACAGAGACUACACAGAGUUAAGGGUAAUAAAAUGGGUAUUUGGCCUUCAAAGGCCACACCCUGGCAGUACCAGUGCCACACUGUGACCCCUGCCCUGCCUGAGUGGCUCCAAGGUGGAAGCAAAGGAGGGCUUGGUCACAUGAUCUCACAUCUUUAUAGAAUUUAGUCUAUUUGCAUCAACCAUCCAGUUAAUAGUCUCAAAUUGUAAGGUUUCAUCCUCCUUGCUUGCUUGCUGGCCCACCCUCCUCUUUUCACAUUGUUUAUGCUUAGGGCCUGGAGUUUGGAGAAACUAUCCUUGAGUCAGUAGCUGGAAUUGGACUAUAUUAUCUUCAUCACCCUAAGCACAAUGGAAAAGCAUAUCCAAGCAGAAUAGAAAACUCAGAACUUAAGGCAUCAAUUUUCUAGGCAAUGUUGUGAGCAAGUACCAUUUGCAAUGUGAAACAAAACUGAGGAGGAAGGUAUCAUCCAGUGACUUGGGACUCUUCUCAGGAAACUAAGCACAAGAAUAGGGCACAAGAAGAUAAGUCUUGGGCUUGAAAGUGCAGAGGUGAUGGCCUGAAAUGCCUGAAUAACUCCAUGGCCAAGUCAGGAGAGAUUUUAUCUGCAAAAAUGUAGGUAUUGAUAUUCUGAAUAAGAAGAAUCUGCAUCAAAAAGCUCCUAUUUAAAAUCAUUAGUGUGCUGGAAAUUCUGACAGAGAUGUUCUCACUCAUUUACUGAUGCAUGUUUGAGGGCUGUGCUUUCUCCAUUUGUUCAGCAUUGCAAGGUGUGCUUGCAGCAGAUGAGUCCCAGUCAUUAAAAGACCAUUAAAGGGAGGUCAGACCUCUUUAAAAGGAUUUAAUCCAUGCAUUUUCUUUUGAAAGCUGUCUUGGUAAAUUGUUGUGGGGAAAUAAACAAAACACCAAAAAAUCUGAAAAAAAAAAUAUUAAAAAGUGUUCAUUUAUUUUGGUUUGCAUGGGGAAAAAAAAAAGAAAAAUGUGUUUUCUUAAAAAGGGCAUGAUUGUUUUUGACUUUCCAAAAUUUUGCUAGAAGAACCUUUUCUUAAUCCUGCAGUCUUUUUUUUUUUCCCCCGUUCUAUCAUAUCUAUUUUUAAUGUUGGCGCUUAGGGGCCAUACAGAACUAAAAAUAGUCAGAGAGCAUAUUUUUCCUUUUUUUUUUUUUCUUUUUUUUCUUUUUUUUCCCUCCCUCACUGGUCAGAAUUGCAAGGGAGUCCAUUGUAGGGAUGCUGGAGGUCCUGACUGUGCUACUGGUGGGGUUGAGGGUCAGCAGGUGUCUCUGCAGCCAUGAAACCUGGAACAGCUGUGGAUUGCCAGCUGCCCAGCAGGUGAGCUGGGAUAACAGCUUCUGCUAGGAGCUGGAGGCUGAUAGGUGCCAGGACAUCAUGUCUGAGGUGACACAGACCAAGUUUUUCUCUGGCUGGGGAUCCCUCUGCCACAGCCAGAAACUUACUGUAGGGUGAUGUUAGGAAGGGUUCAGGGGCCCUUGAUACAAGAGUCAGAUGCCAGUGAUGUCUUUGAAAGCAUCACAGGUGCCAGCACCAAACCUGGUCCCAGCCACAGCCCCAGCCCAGUUUGGGGUAGAUGGUGAUGCAAGACACUGGCAGGAGGAAAGCUGUCUUGGGGCUCCUCUGCACUGUCCAGCCCCUCAAAAUAGGGCAGGGAAGCCCUUGGAGGGUCGUUGGAGAAGGGGAUGGUGGGAUACAGGGAGUUGCCAAGUGGUGUGUCUGUGCAGGAGGACUCGGGCUGUGGCCUGGCUCAUGCCACUGUUCCAGUGGAUGGGUGGGAUGCCUGCUCUGCUUAUGAGCUGGAGCAUGAGCCCAUAUCCUGGUGAGGGGAGAGCACCGCUCCUCCUGGUUACUUUUCCUUAAAUACUGCCAAAGGCUGAGGGCUGCCUUUGUGUUUCUAUAGUGCUGCUCUAAAAGAAGGAGUAAUUGGUCUGCCCCUCACUUGGCAAAUGGGAGUUCAAAGCAAAUCCUGCAUUUCCAAUGGAGUUAGACUUGAAGCAGUCUGUUUUUUUCAUGUGAAUUGCAGUUUUUGACGGUGUGACACUCUGUCAUGUCAGAAGGGAUUUGUUUACCCCUGUCGGUCUCAUUGGCUCUGUCAGCAGAGCUCACUGUUACUGAGUGGGGGAAACAGGCACUGGGAUGUAUAGGUCCUACAGAAAUCCUGCAAAUGUGCUGUUUGAUUUAAAAACCAAACUGAACCUGAUGUUUCAGAUCUGGAGGACUGUUUCCAUCCAAUUAUAGCACUGCAAGUAACACAUUUUGAUCUUUAAAACCUUGGCAAUGUCCCUCCAGAUCUAUAUUCUCUUUGAAAAAAUACUGCCUGAAAUAUUUCUGCAGCAACAGUUCAGGCACAAAUUUGCUUUUGUCAGUGAUGUCUGCUCAAGUAAUCAUGACAGUUUCAUACUGUUUUCCUUGAAAGGCCUGUAUCUGUCAGAUGCUAAGCCUUACAAAAUAUUGCCUGCUGGAAAAGCGUGUUAUGUGCAGAUUUAUGCAGGGCAGCUCACCAAGUGAAAUUUCUAUGGCAGGGGAUGAAUUCAAUUGGGUCUUGUCCUUAGAUGUUUGAAUAAGAAUUUGAAUCUGUUUUUUGACAAGUAGCUUUUUGGCCUAACCCUCCUUCCCUCCCCAAAUACUGCAAAAUUAUGAUUUAGGCAUGUGAUACUAAUAAAGUAAAUUAUGCUCUCUAAAUGCAGAAUUAAGUUGGAUGGUCUGGUAGCUGGGAUGUGGAAGUGGGUACCCAUAGGUGUGAGUCAUGCCCAUACAUUUCAGCAGCUGUGAUCCAGAGGAGCAUGCAGGUUGUACUGUUUAAUCCCAUGGAACCAGGGGACUGGAGGUAACUCUGAGUGACUGCAGUGGCUUUCAGCAGUUGAUCAGUGCUAUGGGGUAUCCAUGUAUGCUGUGCCUGGUAUACCUCGUGCUGGGUACACUGUGCAGGGGCUCAUUUUGGUAGCUGUGGCUCCUGUGGGGCAUCAGCCUGCUGUCAUCCCGUGGCUGAGCUGCAGAGACAAGGGUCUGUUUGGGAGCAAGUGUUGGCAGCUUUGAGCUUUGAGAGCUUUGAGCCUGCUGGUGAACAUGGGCUAUCCUACUGAGCUGGUGUCCCCUGGAUGGAAGGUGUUCCCCCACACUGCAUUUGUGCAUCUCAUUUUUAGGCCAGUGACCCCAGUCUUCACAGCUGUGCCUUGGUGGAGAGAGGGGUUGCAACAUGCAUCAGCUCUGUCUCAGUGGUUUGGGGCAGUCCUCUCUCUGGUGGCCCUUGGGGAGGGCUGCUUCUGUGUUCAUUCCCCAUGGAGGUGUCCCAGUGUGAAAUACUUCUUAGCAGGGAUUUCUGCAGCUCUCUGAGCAGUUUGGAAAGUUAAAUGGUAUUUGUCUGUGUACAGCACAGGAAUGCCAGUCACUGAAAGCACUGCGUGUCACUACAAUGUUAAACUUGUAGUUCUGUGUCCUGAUUGCACCACUCCCAGGUUUUUCAAGGCCAAGGAGGCUUUUGGUCAGACUUCAGCAUAAAAAGGUUUGCGGGAUUUCAUGUAAUGAUUUACACAUUCGGCUCAACAAGCUAAAGCUGAAACAUAUGCUUCCAAAAGGCAUUCAAGUUUUGUGGAAUAAAUAAAAUCCUGCUCCACUUUGAAGUCAUUGACUAAAGUGCCAAUUUGUUUCAGCCGGAGUUUCCAACACAGCUUCCAAGUGACCCUGAAUUUACCACUUCUGUCAUUCCUGUCUAAUUAUACUUACGUAAAAUUUUGCUUUAUUGGGGGCAGUAGGGCACACAACAUGUGAUUGUGUUCUUUUAUAAGUUCCCUAAAAAAUAAAAGUGCUCUUUUCGGCUGCACUGGUCACAUUGAUAUUUUCACUGGGCACUAUGAUUGUGUGUAUUUUUCCUUCGCUUCCUAAUUUGUUCUUUUGACUUAUCUUUCCUCAAUUGUACAGGCUUUUAUUUUUUCAGGAUACUUGAAGAAUGCAAGUUCCAAAGACAGGGGUGUGCAAUCCAGCAAGAAUAAAGUAUAUGUAGAUGUAUAUGGGUGAGGAAUGUAUUUAGCUAGCUGCAGUGUACAAGGUUUAACUAAAAAUGAGACAACACAUUUCUAAAUGGGGACUCUUAUGCUGUAGCUACAUUAUGUUGUUUGUCUAUGAACUACACGAGACAUAUGUUAUUUUGGCACUGUUAUUACUAGUUUAUAAAGCCAUAUUUAAAAUUGUACACUUAAUUGUAACAUAACUUUAAAUUGUGCACUGUGUUGAUCAAUGUACAUAUAUAUGAAGAUCUGUAUAUUUUGUCUUUAUGCUGUAUGUCAUUGGUGUGUAAAUUAUAACUAAUGGAUCU